CCGCAGAACCAGUAAACCUUUCAAAUCUGUUUUUUUUAGUUUCUAAAUGAUUUGACCGUCGAGAGCAAGAGGUUAAAGUGCGGAAGGUUGAAGUAGAAGGAGGAAGCUUUUCGAACAAUACUUGGUUGAAUAUGCAGGUCUUGAUCGAGUCGCUCCUGUCUCCUUAUCUUUUUAAAUGCAAAUCUUUGGCUGUAUGAAUUAGUUGACGUCACCUACCUUCAGUUUGCCAUUACUAAUAGAAGCUUGUAAACAAUCGUUAAUCAUGUGGGACACGGGCGGAUCGCCCUGAUCGCCUUUGGAGACACAGUGGCAAACCAGGAAAAAGAAAGUCUUGAAACUACAGUAACCUGGAUUUCUCCAAAGAAGCAUGCCGUUUGCGCUCCGCCGCCAACAUGUACGUGAGCUAUCUUCUGGAUAAAGACGUGAGCAUGUACCCAGGGUCCGUCCGGCAUUCUGGCAUUAACCUGGGAGCUCAGAAUUUCGUCAACCCACCACAGUACCCGGAGUAUGCUGGUUAUCAUGUACCCGGCGUAAAUUUGGACAAUCACCCUCAAUCGUCAGGAUCUUGGCCGUCACCUUAUGGGCCUCCCCGGGAUGAAUGGAGUGCGUACGCUGCACCUACAAGCGCGGUCCACGCCAUCAACGCCUCACCAGGGACGCUGUCUUACAACCCUGCAGAUUAUAACUCCGUUCAGACCCCGGGGUCUGGCGUCAUACAGCCUUUAAACAAUAAUCUUUUGGAACAGCAUUCCCCCAAUAGCCAAAGGCGCAACCCUUACCAAUGGAUGAGGAAGCCAAGCCAGCAGCUAUCAGGAACAGAUAAAACGAGAACAAAGGACAAAUAUCGGGUGGUGUACACAGAUCACCAGAGACUGGAACUGGAAAAAGAGUUCCAUUAUAGCCGUUACAUCACCAUUCGGCGUAAAGCGGAACUGGCUGCGAACCUGGGACUUUCCGAAAGGCAGGUGAAGAUCUGGUUUCAGAAUCGAAGGGCGAAGGAGCGGAAAAUGACGAAGAAGAAGUUACAACAGCAAUCUCAACAGGCGUCGGCCCAGUUAAGCCCGGUUCCUCCCGGGACAGCCGGUGCUCUGUCGGUUACCAACGGCGGAGUAAUGGGGGCGGCCAGCAGCGCGGUUUUACCUGGCACGGUCUCUCAGUGAACCCAUACAGAUGUUUACCUACACCCGAAGGGAUAGAGGCAAAGCGUGAACUGGUGCCUAUUCAAGCCAGGAGUUCCAGACUCUUCCGUGUCCGAGAGGACAUUUUACAGCACUCCACAAAUUCAUACUGGCAGCAUUGGAGGUUUAGAAUGAAACAAUUUGCUUGGGCAUUUUGUUUCAGACUUCAUGCAUCAAGCAAUCAGGGCCUCAACACUAAAGGAAACUGAAGAUGGCCGCGGACCUUCUGACAAUGUGAACCAAUUGUAAUUGGGAUUUUUUUUUCCAGGGUCUUUCAGGCUUUAUAUUGUUGAAAUAUUUUAAUAUAGUUGUCAAAUGUUAGAUUAUAUCCGAGUCUGUGAAACACUACCAGAUGCAUUUUGACAUUUCAAAUGUGAAUUCCCUUCCCCCAGAAAUGCACCUAAUUGUACUGUACGUAUUGUAAUUGUUUUCAUCUUUCAAUGUAAAUAAUUUCUGUAUUUUCCCCUUUAGAGAUACUAUUGUAAAUCUUUCGCGUUAGUUGUGAGUUGGCUAGUUUAUUAUAAUGUAGAUUUUGAAGCCUCUAUUCCGAAUCACAGAAUCUGAUUUAUCUCUUUAAGUUUCAGAAUGUCAGCUGUAACUUUUCAGCACAAUGUUUUUUUUUAUUGACGGGAAGGACAAAGAGGCUCGGGUCGUUGUUGUUAUUAUGCUCCAGGGUACGGAGCAUAAUAAACCAUCUAUUUUAGUUGCAUUUGGAAAGAAGGGAAAGCACUUUCUCAGAAGUUUUAAUGGAUUGGUUUUACUAUAGUGGAUCACCAACUAUUGCUUAACGAUCCGCUAAUACUUAAUCUUUGCUGCACAAGGACAUCCACAUAUUGAACUUUUUGCGAGCUGCAUUUAUAAUGCUCUGGCAAUUACCUGUGUGCUUAGAAUAUAGGACUACAUUACAUUUUGAUUUGGCCAUAUUACAGCCCAAUCUUCAUUUAUAAUAAAUGCAAAAAUGAAUGGCGAAAGAUGGAACCUUAGAACAUGUGCAAAUGUGACCAAAAUCUUUUGAUUUAAUUCUGUUCCAGAAUAAAUUGAAACACCACUAGAGAAAAAUGAUUAAGUAGAAACUGCCAUUCAGUCUCUUUAACCUUUGCGCCGAUUGGCAUGAGGAGAUCCGUCGAUUGUUUGCUAGAGUGGAAUAGGUCACAUUAUCACUUUGUGCAUUGUGCUGGAAACGUACUUUGAUACUUCCUACAUGCUAUCGAAUAAAUAGAGCUAGAUAAUUGAUCUUAUUGCCCAUGAGCUUACUGGUUGCUAUGCGUUGCUGUGAAACAGCAGACCAUAAACUGUGUUUGGUGGCGAACCCGAUCGGAACGGCUGUUUGUACAGUGGUUUCAGGGCAAAAGUCAGCAUGGAGAUUAAAAGUUGGCAAAGAGUGAGACAACAAAAUAUAUGCCAAAGAAGCUAGUGUCUUUCUAAUUGGAAGAAAAACAGAACAGCGUGAAAUAAGAAAAAGUGUGACAAGAAUCAUUUAAUUAGGCCGUGGGCAAAUUGAGCAAGGAAGCACCAACAUAAAACAAAAUCGCUGAAAGUUAUACAAAACAGCUGUGGUAAAUUAAGCCCACUUGCCAUAAGUGACAGAUGUUAAAGAAAUGUCUUGGAAAUAAACAAUUUAUUGAAAGA